AUGUCAGCACUUGAUGACUCCCCAAGUCACAACAUUCCACCUUAUGAUGUGGUACAAGGCAAUGGUGACCAGAAAUUAUAUUUUGAUACAAUUCUCGAUAAGUUUGUUGAAGAAUAUUUAAUGCAAACUACACAUGAUGCUGAUUGUGAAGAAGAGCCUGAUGACCAGCAACCAGAUCGUGUAAGAGAGUACUCCAUCUGCCUUGUACGAUUUUUCUUCAUAUUAGAAGAUUUCAAACGUGCCGUGAGAAUGGGAGAUGGUGACCGGUUAGUGUCAUUACGUAAGGUAUUGUUAAAACAUUUCAAGAGUGAUACUGGUUACAAUAUCUACGCAAUUGAAAUGUUCAUCAGCAUCUUACAGGAUACUGUUUUCCUUACUGAAGCACAAGCUCACCAGACAAGGUGGGCUUCCCUUGCAACCCUGA